AUCUACCCACUGGGCUUCCAAGUUGAAGUUCCUGGGGCCCCGUGUCCCCUCCCCACGACCUUCAAUCCCACAGAGCCCAUGGGCACGGCACGUCGCUCUCAUCCUCUGACAUUCCUGCAUGCUGAAGUCACUUCUUCCUUCCACCAAGGCCAUCCCCGGCCAUUCCUCCGAUCAUCUGUUUAUUGUGUCUCUGUGUGGGAGAGAACUGGCUGAAGAGAAAGAGGAGCAGGACUUGGAUGGUGAGACGGGGCCAUCAUCGGCAGGGCCUGAGGAGGACGACGGGGAAGGCUUCUCCUUCAAAUACAGCCCCGGGCAGCUGAGGGGAAACCAGUACAAGAAAAUGAUGACCAAAGAGGAGCUGGAGGAGGAGCAGAGGAUUGAGCUGACCUCUGACCUCACUUCCCUGUAGCAAGUUCCUUAGGUCCUGAGCCACAAAUAUUCUUGCAAAUCCUUUUGAACUGAAGAAUAACGAAGUUAUCCUUAGCGUCCUCCUAAAGGCUUUUCCUUUUGGCAUCUUAAAAGCUUGAGAGAUAAAAUGGAAACCCCAGAGAGGAGUCUGGCAGGCUCCCAGGGUGCAUGCUGCCUUCGUAAAUCUGCUGAGCUCUAGACCCUCAAUCAGGACUUGUCCCUUGGCUAGCAGGAUCCUGGGAACACCUUUGGCCCUGCCCUGUAGCGAGAUGUUCAUGUCCAUUUCUGUGGGUCACUUUGUUAAGCUGAAGCGUUUUAAGAGUUUGAGCUCAGACCCUGGACUGGGAUUUUUCUUACCACUCAAACUUGCUAUCCACACAUCCUGCACACCUUAGAUAAAACAAACAUUUAAAAAGCAGAGUUCACUUUCACUCCAGUGCCCCCAUUUUGUCCUCACUGAAGCCAAACCACAAAAGACUUUGAGGAAUGAGAGACAAAUGAGGUAGAGCUCACCUGUGCUCACCAGCUCGGUCAGAGUGGUCAGCCGACCCCUUUCCCUGGGAACCCCACCUCUCUCUCUGGCUAGCUUGGUUGUCGGGGGUGAGAUGCCAUAUUGAUUAGAAGGCAGCAAAGAACCAGUACCAGGAACUGACUUGACCAUUCCCCUUACUUUUCAUCUAGAGAAAUCUUGGAUUCAGCCCAUUUAUUGCUAAGACACCUUUUCACUGACGUUCUUACCAGCUCAGCCAAAUCUCCACUCUGCUAUAGCAGAAGCAAUAAUGUUGCUUUAAAAAGAUUUCUUGACUAUGCCUUUUCUUAGAAAGGUUGAUAGAUUAGUUGGAACUUCAGAUCAUCAGAUCAGUCUCAGAUUCGUUUCUUGGAAUUUUAUAUUUGACAGUAUUUAUACUAUACCAAACUCAUUUGCAGUUCUUAGGUUUGUUGGUUAAAACAUUUUUUUAAAGCAGUAAGUUUAUAGAAAAUGUUUUCAUUUAAUGGAAGGCUGGGGAAUGUCCAGCAUCAGCCCCUAUGGCAUGCAUUCCCAGUGGCUUUCUCCAUCUCAGCCUGAAACCUUUGGUUCAGGGCUUAGGGGAGAACAGGCCACAUGGCAACAGCCACAUAGUCAUUGCCUUCAACACAGAGCCACGGGGUGAAUGGAUGUACUUCUGUGUCCCCAAACAGCAAUAGCCAUGCCCUUGUCCAGGCUGGGAUCUAAUGGAUACAAUAGGUCGUUGACUCCCUCCCAGUAGAGCUAUCUAGGUUUGUCUGGAAAAUUUCCCACCAUGGCUUAUAGGCACCACACCUCAUGUACUCCUGAUGGCUUGGAUCUCUGUAUUCAGCCUUUGUUCAGUCCAAUAAACUUUGAGUAGAUGAUCUCAA